GAGGCGGAAGUGCGCGCUCCUCGCAGCUGCUGUCUCCGGGCGGGCGGAGGGAGGCUGCCGAGGCGGGGGCCGGGCCGGGAUGGCGGCAGCGGCGGCCGGGACCGCAGGCUGGGCGGCCCAGGAGAAGCAGUUCCCGCCGGCGCUGCUGAGCUUCUUCAUCUACAACCCGCGCUUCGGGCCGCGCGAGGGAGAGGAGGAAAAUAAAAUUUUGUUUUAUCAUCCAAAUGAAGUAGAAAAGAAUGAAAAAAUUAGAAACGUUGGAUUAUGUGAAGCUAUUGUACAAUUUACCAGAACAUUUAGUCCUUCAAAACCGGCAAAAUCCUUACACACCCAGAAAAACAGACAGUUCUUCAAUGAACCUGAGGAAAAUUUCUGGAUGGUUAUGGUUGUUCGGAAUCCGAUCAUCGAAAAGCAAAGUAAAGAUGGAAAGCCAAUUGUUGAAUAUCAGGAAGAAGAGUUGUUGGACAAAGUUUACAGCUCGGUGCUACAGCAGUGCUACAGCAUGUACAAGCUUUUCAAUGGAACAUUUCGGAAAGCCAUGGAAGAUGGUGGUGUCAAGCUCCUAAAAGAAAGAUUAGAGAAAUUCUUCCACCGGUAUCUGCAAACGCUGCAUUUGCAAUCAUGUGACCUACUGGACAUCUUUGGUGGCAUCAGUUUCUUCCCCUUGGACAAGAUGACUUAUUUGAAAAUCCAGUCCUUUAUUAACAGAAUGGAGGAAAGUUUGAGUAUAGUCAAGUACACUGCCUUUCUCUACAACGAUCAGCUCAUCUGGAGUGGAUUAGAGCAAGAUGACAUGAGAAUUUUAUACAAAUACCUCACCACAUCUCUGUUUCCCAGACACAUUGAACCUGAGUUGGCGGGCAGAGAUUCCCCAGUCAGGACGGAAAUGCCAGGAAACCUUCAGCACUACGGGAGAUUUCUGACUGGACCUUUGAAUCUUAAUGACCCAGAAGCAAAAUGCCGGUUCCCCAAAAUUUUUGUCAACACAGAGGACACUUACGAAGAGCUCCAUUUAAUUGUGUAUAAGGCCAUGAGCGCGGCUGUGUGCUUCAUGAUUGACGCCUCCACACAGCCCACACUGGACUUCUGCCGGAGACUGGACAGCGUUGUGGGACCUCAGCUCACGGUGCUGGCGUCAGACAUCUGCGAGCAGUUUAACAUCAACAAGAGGAUGUCUGGGUCUGAAAAGGAGCCCCAGUUUAAGUUUAUCUACUUCAACCACAUGAACUUGGCCGAGAAAAGUACAAUUCACAUGAGGAAAACGCCCAGCGUGUCGCUUACAUCCGUGCACCCGGACCUCAUGAAGAUUCUCGGAGACAUCAACAGUGACCUCACUAGAGUGGACGAAGACGAGGAGAUCAUCGUGAAAGCCAUGAGCGACUACUGGGUCGUGGGGAAGAAGUCAGACCAGCGGGAGCUCUAUGUCAUUUUGAACCAGAAAAACGCCAACCUGAUUGAAGUAAAUGAAGAGGUGAAGAAGCUCUGUGCCACGCAGUUCAACAACAUCUUCUUCUUGGACUGACGG